CCACGUGUCUAAGAAGUUGAUGAUGCAUGAGUUGCAUUGCAGUGGAAGAGUGCCUAAAAGAAAAGACUAUGAAGAAAUAGUGAAGAUGAAGAAAAUAGGAAGAGAACGAUAACAAUGAAUGCGGUGAAUGCGGUAAUGAUAACUCGGUUACUAACUCGUAACCAAAUCGCCGGUCAUGAAGAAAUACCCAAUGGAUCAAUGUGGUGGUUCAUCUACGCCGGAAUUUCAUGUUUCCUUGUCAUCUUUGCCGGAAUCAUGUCAGGUCUAACCCUAGGUCUCAUGUCACUAGGUCUAGUCGAUCUUGAGAUUCUUCAGCGUAGUGGUUCUUCAUCCGAGAAAAAGCAAGCAGCUGUUAUUCUUCCAGUGGUUCAAAAACAACACCAGCUUCUGGUGACUUUGCUUCUGUGUAAUGCUGCUGCUAUGGAGGCACUUCCGAUAUACCUAGACAAGCUGUUCAAUCCGUUUUUAGCUGUUAUUCUCUCUGUGACUUUUGUUCUGUUUUUUGGGGAGGUUAUUCCUCAAGCAAUUUGUAGUAGAUACGGCCUUGCUGUAGGUGCCAACUUUGUAUGGCUUGUACGAAUUUUAAUGAUGAUCUGCUAUCCAGUUGCUUAUCCUAUUGGAAAGGUUCUAGAUUGGUUAUUAGGUCACAAUGAGGCGUUAUUUAGGCGAGCACAGUUAAAAGCUCUUGUCUCCAUCCACAGUAAGGAGGCUGGUAAAGGUGGAGAGCUUACACAUGAUGAGACAACAAUUAUCAGUGGAGCUCUAGAUUUGACUGAAAAGACUGCUGAAGAGGCUAUGACUCCUAUUGAAUCAACUUUUUCUUUGGAUGUUAAUUCAAAACUGGAUUGGGAGGCAAUGGGGAAAAUUCUUGCCCGUGGGCAUAGCCGAGUUCCUGUUUAUUCUGGAAAUUCGAAAAACAUUAUUGGGCUUCUAUUGGUUAAAAGUCUUCUCACAGUUCGGCCAGAAACAGAUACCCCUGUCAAUGCUGUCUCCAUCCGGAGAAUCCCACGAGUUCCAGCAGAUAUGCCUCUCUAUGAUAUACUGAAUGAGUUCCAGAAAGGAAAUAGCCAUAUGGCUGCUGUUGUCAACUCUAGGGGGAAAGGAAAAUUGCCUCCACAAACGACUGAUGGAGAGAAAUAUGAAGAAAACAAAAGGGUUGGUGCCGACUCACAGUUGACUACGCCAUUACUACAGAAGCAGGAUGCGGCGACUGAAAGUAUUGUCGUUGACAUUGACAAGCCUUCAAGACCUCCGAACACGAACAAGUUAUCUGCUUUGCAACGUAAUGAUGCUGCAACAAAUGGUUCCCCUACAGAAAGUAUUGAAGAUGGCGAGGUGGUUGGAAUUAUCACUCUAGAAGAUGUAUUUGAAGAACUUCUGCAAGAGGAGAUUGUGGAUGAGACAGAUGAGUAUGUCGAUGUUCAUAAGAGAAUACGUGUGGCUGCAGCUGCUUCCACAGGUGCACGGGCUUCAUCAAUCCGGAGGUUGACUGGGCAAAAGGGAACAGGAGGCCAAAAUAAGCCGGGGACUCCGAAGAAAUCCACCGAGGAAGAUGGACUGAACAUCACAAGGCUACAAUAAUUUUGUCAACCUAGUCGGAAUAGUUGAGUUUGUCAAAAUGAGGCCAUUACUUUUUACUUUUGUAUAGAUAUUUUCAAACAAAUAUGAUAAAGGUCAUAUUUCUCUCAGAAACUCGCAUACAUAUCAUGAGUUGUCUAUCAAAUACUACCUUAGAAUGUGUAAAUUCCAUCUUGAAAAAAGAACAACCGUAUAGUGUGGUUGUGGUCCCGGGUGGAACAGGUUGGAUCUUGUCAAGUUUGAGGUGAGUUUGUGUUGACAAAAAAAUUUAAAGUUAAAGUCUGACUUAAGUCUA